AUGGAGCUUAGCUUUGUCCAGUGUAACCUCAACCAUUGCAGUGCGGCCCAAGACCUAAUCGCACAGUACAUGGUUGAGGAGAAGGUCGAUAUCGCGCUCCUAAGCGACCCUUACGGAGUGGGUACCGACCCCUGCGCAUGGCUCGCUAGCGCGGGAUCUCGGAGGGCGGCAAUCUACAUUGCGAGCAACAAUGUGACCAUAGCGAACGUCAUACGCGACCGGGAAUUCAUAUCAGCCGUAUCAACGGAGUGCAGAUAUACUGCUGCACCUAAUCAGGCGCUCGAGGACUUCAGCGAUCUGCUCCAUCGUCUCGAGGCUAGCUUUAGAUCCGUCGAGCAAGGCGUGCCUGUCCUCAUCACCGGGGAUUUCAACGCCAGGUCUUCUGCCUGGGGCGAUUGGAUCAGCAACAGUAGAGGGGACGAACUCAGCUUAAUGCUUGAUUCCUUGGAUCUUGUGAUAGCAAAUUCUGGCUCCACCCCCACCUUUGCGAGAGGCGCCGGCUCCAUAAUCGACCUCACUUUGGCAUCCGAAUCCCUAGCUAGACGCGUCGGCAACUGGAGGGUCUUGGACUUCGUAUUCAACUUCAGCGACCACCACUAUAUUCGCUUUACUCUCAGCCCAAUCACACAGAACCCUCCCCCCCACCACCAACCACCGCACGCGGGUGGAACACUUCCGGCGGAAUUGAUGCAGAAGCUCUCCGCACAGGUCUGCUGA